AUGAACAGAAGUGGAUUUGAUUUGGUUCAAAAGAAUUUUUGGCUGGCCAGUUUGCAAGAAAAUGCCAUUGGGGAUGAAGGAACGGUUGCUUUGGCCUCUGCCCUACGGGUGAACUCAACGCUGGAAGCUCUUUACCUGCAGGUGGCGGCAAUCGGGGUGAGUGGAGCCACAGCCUUGGCUGAAGCAUUGGUCGUUAACAAGAACCUUGCCAUCUUGGACCUUAGAGGAAACUCCAUUGGUUUGAUGGGAGCCAAGGCCAUGGCCCACUCCUUGAAAGUUAACAGCACCCUCCGCAGGUUGAACCUCCAGGAGAACUCCUUGGGCAUGGAUGGGGCGAUCUGCAUUGCCACGGCACUGACAGGAAGACACAACCUCACCUACAUCAACUUACUGGGAAAUAAAAUCGGCGAGUCGGGAGCGAAGGUGAUUUCCGAGGCCAUCCGAGCAAAAACCCCUAGCUGCGUGGUGGAGAUAUAAAGCACCGUUGGGACUACGUUGGAGGAAGAAGGUGGCGUUUCGCAUGCCUGGAUGGACACCUUCCCUGUGCCCAUUUGACUGAGGGCAUGGUGAAAGGAUGGGUGUCCUUGAAGGCCCGGGCUAGACCUGAAGGGGAGAUGCAGCCAUGAAACUGAGAUCAAAGAGAAGCCCGACUCACUCUCAACCAAUCAUGAGCAUCCUUGAUUUUUUGCUCUUGAGGAGGAUGGUUGGAUGAAGCAGCAUGACCAAAGCUGAUUUGAGAGAGGCCGGUAGAUUGAUUUUGGAAUUAUGGUAUUUUUCGGAGUAUAAGAUGCAC